UACGUCAUCAGUCCUUCCUCUUCAUGAGUUGUAGUUGUGUCUGCGAUCAGAUCUGACGUUAGCUUGUAGUCCUGUCCCCUCGGCAGGCUAAAUUAGCUGGCUAACUGGCUCCCACAGCUGGAUAAAUCAUCGUUGUAACCCGCUACCAUCACCUGAAAGGAGUCCGUCUUCUGGCGAGAUCAUGGCAGAUUUCUCGCUGGCAGAUGCUUUAGGAGAUGACACCCUGGGCCAGGCAAAGAAAACAGGCAACACUAACCCGUCGGCCCCUGCCAGCAAUCCUCCACCUCCUACAAAUCCAGGAUGGCCUGGUUCAGCCCCCGGAGCUCCCACCCAGCCCUCUGCUCCGGGUGACUUCGCUGGCGGAUCAUCAGGCCCGGGAGCGCCAGGGCAGUUCCCGUUCCCCUCUGGUCCUGGAGCACCAGGGCAAUACCCAGGACCUCCUUCAGCACCCGGUGGGUUCCCCCCUGGUCAUGGGAUACCGGGACAAUAUCCACCUGCACCAGGAGCACCAGGGCAGUUCCCCUCCAGCCCUGGAGCCCCUGGGCAGUUCCCUGGGCAAUACCCGCCUGAAGGAGCUCCGGGACAGCUACCUGGAGGCCCUGUUCCAUACCCAGGUGGACCAUUUCCUUCUGGCCCUGGAGCUCCCCCUGGGCCUUAUCCAAAUGUGCCUUACCCAGGUGGCCAGCCAGGAGGAGGCAAUGGCAUGUAUGGACCAGGUGGUCCAGGUGGAUUCCCCCCACCAGCUGGCCCCGGCUCUUUCCCUGCAUUCCCUGCUGGAGGCUUUCCCCCAAUACCCCCUGGGUCAUGGGGACCUGCGGGUGGAGGCUUCCCUCCUGCUCCUGGCCACUUUGGUCCCGCCCCUGGGCCUAUGGGUCCAUAUGGUGGGCCUGCAGCUCCAGGAGGCAUGCUGAUGGUGCCGUAUGAUCUCCCUCUUCAUGCUGGAAUUAUGCCACGACUUUUGAUCACAGUAGUCGGGGAACCCAUACCUGGUGCAGACAGGUUCCAAGUCGACUUCAUCAAAGGUCAAGACGUCGUCUUUCAUUUCAAUCCUCGAUUUUAUGAGCAAACUAUUGUUAGAAACUCCAACCUCGGUGGAAGUUGGGGGCCGGAGGAGCGGGAAGGAGGCUUCCCAUUUGUUGAGGGACGGCGUUUUGAGCUGAAGAUCCUCGUGGAGGAUGACAUGUUUAAAGUGGCCGUGGACGGCACUCACCUGCUGGAGUACGAGCACAGAGUCGGUGGGCUGGAGGAAGUGACGCUGCUGCGGGUCGUCGGAGACGUCAUCCUCUACAGCGCAGCCCCGAGCAUGAUCUAAAUCUCAGAGCUACAAAACCACACAGUGUACAGGAGACCUAGGUCAAACUGUAUUUGAAAUCCCUUCAAAUACUUUGAUGCAUUUGAUGGAAUUUGCAAGGCACAAUAGUCAGCGAAGUGCAGUCUUUGCCUUCCUGGCACUUUAUCAUUUAUUACAAAACAGAUGGCAGAUUAACCCAGGUCUGCUCACUAUAAUCCUUUUCUUUUCUUUUUUACUGGAUGACAUCUCAUUUUUAAACCACUCACAAUCCAAUAUAGUUUAUGACAUAACAGAACCUAAGUAGUGAAUGAAGUGAAGUGCUAUUAAAACAUAUAUUAAGGAAAUACUAAUUUAUUCCUGAUGAAAAGAUUGUAGGCAAAGUGGGAAAGUGUGACGUGUCCCAAACAUUUCAUAUAUUUUCCACUAGUAUGCUGUAUUUUGUUUACAGUACGUGUAUGCUUAUUAUUCUUUCCUUUAUAUCCAAAUCUUGGAUAAGCCUUUGUAAUGCAUGAGAGUGUGAUGCUGAAAAUCAAGUCGGUCUCCUCUUCACAGUCUUAUUUCAGUGCUGGCCAACGUACAGCAGGCUCAUAAUGAAGUUUCUUAAAACGUAUUUAAAUACAGACUUUGAUCUCCUCCUUUGUUCAGUAUUAAUCCUCCCGAGCUCGUGGACUGGAGGGGUCGCAUAAAGAUUUGCAAAUUAUGAUUUCAUGUUGAAGUCGACGCUAAUUCUUAAAAAAGUGAGGCUCGAAUUUAAAUAAAAUGUAAAAAAAAAAAAAAAAAAA